AAGUGUUUUUCAUUGUUAGUUAAUGUUCAUUAAUACAUUAACUGACAUUAAUGAGAUCUUAUUGUAAAGUUUUACCAAUUUAUUAUUAUUAUUUUUAAUAAUUAUUAAACUAUAAAAUAUUACAGUAAAAAUUAAAGUUUAGGUACAAAAUUAGGUCUUUAUACCAUGUAAAUUGAUCACUUCAAUAAACGGCAAAAAAUUUUGAGCUGGACAAAUGUCAUUGUGUAAUUAAAUCAACUUUAGCAAAUUUUGGGAAAAUUCUAAUUCUUGACGUAACAUUUCCUCUGGACAAAGUUCCUGUUUUAUGCCUCACACAGCUGUUGACUGAAGACGACGCAUAAUCCGAUGUAAAGAUGUCUUCUAAAGACAGCACUGUUAGCUUCCCUGAGCUUAUAAAGCUGAAACGAGACGGUGGCCAACUCAACAGAGCUGAAAUAAGCACUUUUGUACAAGGAGUCACAUCGGGAGCCAUCCAGAAGUGUCAAAUAGGUGCUAUGCUAAUGGCCAUAUGGCAGAAGGGCAUGACUAAUGAAGAAACCCUGGCAAUGACGAGAGAGAUGAUGAACUCCGGAGAGACGUUUCAAUGGCCGAAGGAAUGGCUUGUGGUAGACAAACACUCAACCGGUGGAGUCGGAGACAAAGUCAGCCUUCCGCUUGCUCCUGCUCUGGCUGCAUGUGGCUGUAAGAUUCCCAUGAUAAGUGGAAGAGGACUGGCACAUACAGGUGGCACCCUGGACAAGCUGGAGUCUAUACCUGGGUUUAAAGUCAACCAGUCAGUUGAACAGGUGAAGCAGAUCCUAGAGGAUGUGGGCUGUUGUAUUGUGGGACAGACAGAGAGGCUAGUUCCAGCAGAUCGUGUUCUCUACGCCAUCAGAGACGCCACAUCAACUGUUGAUAGUCUUCCUCUUAUCAUCAGCUCCAUCAUCUCUAAGAAAGGAGCUGAAGGUCUGAGUGCUCUUGUGUUAGAUGUGAAGUUUGGCAGAGCUGCUCUGUAUAAAGAUUUAAAUAGCGCUCGGCGUCUUGCUCAGUCACUGGUCACUGCAGGCAACAAUUUGGGUGUGAAGACAGGGGCGGUGCUCAGCCGAAUGGACACUCCCAUUGGCCAGAGUGUGGGAAAUACGGUCGAGGUGUGUGAAGCCCUCGAGUGUCUUAAAGGACGAGGGUCAGAUGAUCUCAAGGAACUGGUCACAAAUUUAGGUGGUUAUCUAUUGUGGAUGUGUGGCCACUCCGGUACUCCAGAGAGCGGAAAAACUAAAAUCGCUGUGAAACUGGAGAAUGGAGAAGCCCUGAAAAAGUUUGAGGCGAUGCUGAUGGCUCAGGGUGUUUCUGCAGAUGUUGCACAUUCGCUGUGUUUAAACGAGACCGACUACUUUGAGCACAUGAAGCGUGCAGCGCAUCAGACAGAGCUCAAGGUGCUAGAUGAUGGAGCCGUUUUGGACAUUGGCGGUUUGGCCCUGGCUGAAGUGCUGCAUAAACUAGGUGCAGGACGUGCUAAAUCGGGAGAGGAAAUCGAUCAUAGUGUGGGAGCAGAGAUCUUGGUUGAGAUGGGACAGCAGGUACAGAAAGGUCAAUCAUGGAUCAGGAUUCAUCACAAUUGCCCAAAUCUGAAUCCACACUAUUCUGACCUGCAGAAAGCCUUGGUCAUUGGCAGCCAUGACAAAUACGAGACAGUAUCACGUAUGGCAGAAUUCAUCUACCCAGAUAAUCCCAACAUGUCAUAAAACAGCCUCAUUCGAAACAAAUGUUGUUUGUAACAAAUAUUUCAGUUUGAAUGUACUGUUACCAAGAAACUGUUUUCUUUAUAUGAAGCACUAAGGAGUUUUUACAAAAGAAAAACAUGACAAUGACCAACACUGACCUCUGCAUCUGGAAAAUCUUUAAACAUAUUUGCUUACCAGUAGCUGGAAUAUUAUUGUAGCCCAGGCCUGCUCGAUUCCGUCCAGUAAAACUUAGUUGCAGCUCUAAACAAAAUCACCUAAAAGGCCUUCAGUUUGAAAUUGCAGCCAGGUGUGUUGGAGCAGGAUUCAGUACACUAGAAUAGCAGAUGAAAUGCUGCCACCACUCACUCGCAGAGGAACUGCGGCAUUACUGACCACAAACCCCUGAAGCGCUCCUGAAUCUCAGAUUACAGGGUCAGCUCUCGUUCUUCUUGUAUAAAAAGCAUCUAAGAUGAUGCCUUGAGAUAUUCAUAGAUUCAUCAGAAGGUAAAAGGAAUCUGAUUCCACAAUCAGUGUUGGUUUUUAAAGUGUAACACUGGUGCUUCAUUUAUAUUUUUCAACAAAGUCUUUCUCUGUGUAUUUAAUCAAACCAAUUAAUCUGUGUGAUUAUCUAUUUUAAUAAAUGGAGGUUGGAGAA